AUGCAACCCCGCCUCCCGCGCAUCUCAGCCAUCACAUCACAGCACUGCACGCCCUUGGGAUUGUCAAGGGAGGGCCCCCAUCUCCCCCAUCCCACCGCACUUCACUCACGACCCACGGAGUCUCCACUCCACACCACACUCACUCAGCCAGGAGGAAUUGCCUUUGCCUUGCCUGGGCUUUCCUCUCCAAACUUCAGCCGUGUGCUGCUUCUCGAGAUCCCAACAGUUGCUAGAAUCUCCCUCCCUGCCGCAAUGGCUACCGCCAUGGCAUCUUCCCUCUCUCUGGGACUCUCAUCCCUCUCUCUCGCGCCCACCGCCGCGAUCGACGGCCCGUCCACCGCGCGCCCUCUCAGCUUCUCCGCGAGCUCCCUCCGCGGAUCCGCGCUCUCCCUGUCCGCCUCCGCGCCCCGCCAGCGCGCGGAAGCCGCAUUCGUCUGCAAGGCAGCGUACGCUGACGUGGAGGGCGAUCAGGAGGAGAGCGAGGAGGACAUUCGCGCGGGCUACGAGGCGCUUUACGGAAAGCCGUUCGGCGUGGUCAAGGACUCUAAGAGCUUCACCUCUUCCGAUGAGGACGACGAGGAGGCUCCCGCGCGCCGGCAGCGCAGGGGACCGCGAACCGGCGGCGAUUCCGACAACAGCAGCGAGGGCGGCAGCGGCGGCGGUCGCGGCGGCCGGCGCGGGCUCCAGGCGUCCGACGGUAUGUCGGAGCGCGUGCUCCAGGUGCGCCGCGUGACGAAGGUCGUGAAGGGUGGCAAGCAGCUGUCCUUCCGGGCGGUAGUCGUUGUCGGGGACCGCGGGGGCCAGGUCGGCGUGGGCGUCGGAAAGGCGAAGGAAGUUUCCACCGCAGUCCAGAAGGCGGUUAAGGACGCGCGUCGCCACAUGGUGCGCGUGCCCAUGACCAAGUACCGCACGUUCCCGCAUCGCUCCGACGGGAAUUUCGGCGCGGCGGCGGUGAUGCUGCGGCCCGCGGCGACCGGUACGGGUGUGAUUGCGGGAGGUGCGGUGCGCGUGGUGCUGGAACUCGCGGGGCUGGAGAACGCGCUGGGGAAGUCGCUGGGGAGCCCGAACCCGCUGAACAACGCGCGCGCCGUGCUAGACGCGGUGAGCAAGAUGAAGCAGUUCAAGGAGGUGUCGGAGGAGCGCAACAUCCCCAUGGAGGUGCUCUGGCAAUGA